UUUUUUUGUUAAAAUUACUGACCUAAUCAAACUUCCUGAAAAGGUUGAGGUAUGCAGUAGAUUUUGAAAAUUUUGCUUAGUGAGUCAAGGUUAUAGCAUGUAACUUACCACAGAUUAGUUAAAGAAAAUAACAAAAACUGAAAAUGGAAAAGCCAACCAUAUGUUGAACUUGUACUAGUCCUUGUCAUUCUAAACACGUGAUUUGGCCCAAAACUUUGCUACUAGUCCUAUAAUUUCAUCUGUUGUCAAAAUUUUCUUGUUACAACACAAAUGAGCAUCAUGAUUAUGUAAAUAAAUUGUGUGCAAAUAUCUCUGUUGAUGGAAUGAAUAAGAAAAUAGGAUAUAUGAAAGCUGCAAAACAUUUUAAAACUCAGAUGAUGCAGUUUUCCAUAAAUGAUGUAUCUCCUACAAGUUGCUGAUUCUUGAGUUACUGCUGCUGUUUGCUAGCAAAUAUUCUAACUGAUGCAGAUGAUCUAGCAUUAGAAAUAUUUCAAGACCUUUUGUUGUUACAUGGUCUAUUUAGUCUAUUCCCUUUUGCUUCUGCUGAUGCAGAAGCAAGAAGUGCACUUUGGAGCAUCAUUGCAAGAUUACUGAUUCAAGUUCAAGAAAUUGAGUUGAGUCCGUUGCAGCUACAUCAGUAUGUUUCAGUUAUCACAAGUGAAACAGAAGUGAUUGAGGAGGAAGUUCUCAAUCACCAGUCAAAUGACUCCAAUGAAGAAUGCGGGAACUCUGCUACCUUGCAAAAUUAGCUGCCAGAAAUGUAGUUGUAUCCUUACAGAGAUGCUUACAGUAUCUUACCAAUGGAGACAGUAAGUUCAUAUUUGUUGCAGCUGCAAAGUACUGCGUUGAUAUUGCAACACAUCAACAUGGGUGUUGUGUUAUUCAAAGAUGCAUCGCCCAUGCUACUAGAGAAUAUCGGGAAAACCUGGUUGCAGAAAUUUCUGCCAAUGGACUUCUUCUAGCUCAGGAUGUAUUUGGAAAUUAUGUUGUUCAGUUCAUAUUGGAGCUUAAGAUACCAUCUGUGAUAUCCAAGUUAAUAUCUCACUUUGAGGGUAACUUUGUGCAUCUCUUAACACAGAAGUUCAGCAACCAUGUCGUUUAAAAAUGCCUUAUCGUAUGCGACUAUAAGGUCCAGUCAAAGAUAAUCCAUGAACUGGUCUCUGCAACUCACUUUGAGCAGCUGCUUCAGGACCCACAUGCCAAUUAUGUUGUUCAAACAGCUCUUCGAAUUUCUGAGGUGGGCAUAGCAAUUGCAAUAAGAUACUCAUUGACAAUGGGAGCAUUUUCAGUCACACCAAAUGGACCUGAAGUUUUAUUGCUUGAUUACCCCAGCCAUCAAAGACAACUACUCCCUCUUCUUGCAAAGACAUAUGCCAUGAGCUUUGCUGCUAACUUCUUGAAAAGGAUGUAUGUGAAGAAGAAACCUGAAAUGAUCAAAACCUUACAUGUUCUUUCAAGUGCCUUUAAGACUACCUUAAGCUCGCAUAAUAUGCGAACACUUCAGGUAGUAGCAGACAUCACAGUUGUGAUCAAAAUGUCUUGUGGAGUCUAUUUUUAACUUUUAUUUUAGAUUAAAUAUUAUCUUGUGUU